AUGGCUCGCCUCUCGAUUCUGUUACACGCCGGCCUGCUGAUCCAAGUAGGCCUCGCAGCAACUAGUCCGGGCGGGAACCGAAUCAACUGGGGGCCAUGUCCCGACUUCAACAGCACUGAGCCCAUCCAAUGCGCCAACAUCUCGGUACCGCUUGACUAUACUCAGCCCGAGUCGAACAAGACGCUUCAGCUGCAGCUUCUUCGGAUCCCCGCCCUUCGCCAACCGUCCAAGGGUAGCAUUCUAUUCAACUUUGGCGGACCAAGUGUUGCUGGCCGGCCGGCUAUGGCUACGUCGGGCAGCCUUUUCCGAAACUCGACCAGCGAAUAUCACGAUCUCGUCACCUUCGACCCGCGUGGUACUGGCAACACGCUCCCCAUCUCGUGCUUUGAAGAUGAACAGGAAAGAACCUCCUACGUCCUCAAGAACCCCAAGGCAUGGGGCUCCCUGAUCCCUCCCAAUUUUUGGGCAAAGUCGUCGGACAACACGCCCGCCAGGCUGUGGGCCUAUGCUAAGCUCUACGUCGACAAGUGCUACGAGCGCAACAAGGAGGUCGGCGGCCUCGUGGGCACUGCGUUCGUUGCGAGGGACAUGAUGCAGAUCGUCGACGCCCUUGGCGAGGACGGCUUGUUGCGAUAUUGGGGUAGGAUAACUCCCCGAUUUCUUUGGAUCCUUUGGCACCAGGGUUCUGGUACUGACUUCGUCCUCCCAGGCGGCUCGUACGGGACCCUUCUGGGACAAACGGCUGCGGCCAUGUUUCCCGAGAGAAUCGACAAGAUGGUGCUCGACGGAAAUCUCAACCCCCACGAAUACUACCACGGCUACGACGACGAGCAGUGGACGGACUCGGACAAAGCCUUCAGCGCCGUGUUCCAGUCCUGCGUCGCAAACCCGUCCACCUGCCGCCUCGCCCAACGAUACCAGAACAAGACGGCAAGCCAGCUCGAGGAAACCAUCUAUACCCUCAUAAACAACCUCAACGACCGCCCCGUCCCCUUCAACGGCACCCUCAUCGAUUAUGGCUUCGUCAAAAGCGGCGUCAUGGCGGCGCUCUACAGCCCGGGUCUCUGGGUCCUCCUCGACGUCGGCUUCGACGCACUGAUCUCCCGGGACCUGGCCCGCUUCACGCAGAUCUGGGCCGUGCUAGCCACCACGUACGACUCCAUAGGCGCCGCCGUCGAUGCGCAGGUGGGCAUCCGGUGCGGGGACAAGAUCGCCCGCGUCGAGUCUCUAGACGAGUUCCUGCCCAUCAUGGAGCAGCAGUUUGGCAUCAGCAGGAUCUUUGGCGACGUGCAAACAGCGACGGAGAUGGUCUGCGCCCAGUGGCGCCUGCCCGCCAAGGAGCAGUACGCCGGCGACUUCCGCGUCAAGACGAGGCGUCCUAUCCUGUUCAUCGGGAACACGGCUGACGCGUUUACGCCGUUGGCCUCGGCGCGGAACGCCAGCGCCGGGUUCGAGGGGAGCGUUGUCCUCCAGACGAACGGCUACGGUCAUUCUUCCACCGGAACGUCGUCUUGCGUGGACUUGGUGACGGAGGCUUACUACGUGAACGGGACCUUGCCCGAGAACGGCACAUUCUGCGAACUAGACAACCCUGUCUUGCCUGGGGGUGCCACCAAGAAGCAGAGAGCAAAGCGCUCGCUUGGACGAGUAUGA